GUUUGUCGUCUCGACAGUGAACCAUAUCGUUGACAGUAUGCGGCCUAUCAAACGAUCAAGAAGCUCAUAUUACGAAAGAAACUUUGUUAAAGUAAGAACCUGACACCGAAUUAGAAAUGGCCAAUAAAUGCGGUGAGUUCAUCGACGAUUUCUCAUGCUCGAGAGAAUAGUAAUAUUGACGAUUCCACACGAAAUGAGCGGCGAAUGAGCGGAACUUGUCGGAUAUCUUAAUUCUUAAAAACCAUUGAACUUUGAAACGUAAUGACUGACUUUUUUGAUACAGCGCGUGCAGAUGAUAAUUUCGACGUCGCAUCGCCAUUUUGGAAUCGUAUCAACAUGUUACCAAUUAAAACAUAGGAAAACGAUAAAGUAGUAUGAGAUAUGAGAUUCUGAGCUUAUCAGUACCUGCCUAUAUUUGCAAAUAUAAAUCAUGAAAAUUAAUUAUACGCAAUUGCCUAUAAAGGCACAUUAUUUUUCUUUUAUGGCCGCUAUGGGUCCUAUUUUGCCAUUUCUGCCAGUUUACGGCAAGCAACUCGGUAUUUCACCAUUAGUUAUGGGUAGCAUUACGGCAAUUUUACCUAUUUUAUUUCUGAUCGCAAAACCAGCAUUUGGAUUCAUCGUGGAUUAUUUCUACACUAGAAGAAAAUUGAUAUUUAUAGCGCUACUUGCCACAACAAGUAGUUGCUAUAUUUUGAUGUAUUUUUUACCGGCUUUACCCGGUUCACUUUUACCAGAUCAUCAGUUUAAAAAUGUUUCCUGUGCAUCUUUACUGCCUUGCGAUAUGGACUAUCAUGCUUUAGUAAUGGAAUCAUGUAACACUAUAAAAGAUACUACAUGCCAUUGGAUAUGCAAGGAUGCAAAUUUUUCUACGAGAUUAUCUUUUUAUGCAAUUAAAGAAGAAACAAUUAUUUCACCGAAUACCACAUGCUUAUUAAAUAUUAAUGAGACAUCAUUGUGUCAAACAAAUAUAACAAACAAUUAUAAUUGUAAUGUAACUUGCGAUAAUUUUAAAGAUCAGUGUUUAUAUACAUCCAUUACCUUUUGGGGAUUCGUGCUGUUAAUGUCUCUUGGUAAUAUUGGAUUUAAUGUUUCUAAUUGCAUAAGCGACGCGAUUUGCUUUGAUGUAUUAGGUGAAGGUGGACAAAUGGGAUAUGGUAGACAGCGAGUAUGGGGCACAAUUGGUUUCGGCAUAACAGCAUUUUUAGCUGGGUACACAAUAGACUUGUGGUCGCAAGGAGAAAUUUACAAAACUUAUACACCGGCGUUUCUUCUUGUGCUCACAUUUACUUUUAUUGAUCUGAUCUGUUGCCGAAAGUUGGAGCUGCCGCUUAUGUCAGGAUCGUCAAAUAUACUGAAAGAUAUAUGGACUCUUUUGAAAUUGAAAUCAAUUGUUAUAUUUCUAUGUUUUACUAUCCUUGCGGGCAUCUUUGAUAGCUUCAUUAUUUAUUUUUUGUUCUGGUAUUUGGAAGAUCUCGCUAUGGCGACUGGAUAUAUGGGCGAAAUUAAAUUAAUAGAAGGUCUAAUUGUAGCCGCAGAAACUCUCGGUGGCGAGAUAAUAUUCUUCUCUCUGUCUGGUAAAAUACUGAAAAAGUUUGGAUACGGUUACACUUUUACAUUUUGUUUUGUAUGCUACGCGUUGCGGCUGGGAUUAAUAUCUCUUGCUCCAACGCCAUGGUGGGUACUUCCCGUGGAAUUUUUUAUGCAGGGACCAUCAUACGCGCUUUGUUAUACAACAAUAGUAGCAUAUGCGAGCGCAGUAUCACCACCCGGCACAUCAGCUACUAUUCAAGGAAUUGUAGCAGGAAUGGAUGACGGUUUAGGUUUCGCACUUGGCAGUUUGAUUGGAGGUAUUUUAUAUAAGAAACUCGGUGGUGCAACGACUUUAAAAAUAUUUUCAGUACUUUCAGUAUUUACUGCAUUUGUGUAUUUCACUCUUUACACUCUGUACUUAAAGCAUAAAACACUAGGCACACAAAAUAAUAUUGAAUGGAGGAAACCUGAUGAUGCACAGAGACACUGUGAUGUAGCAGAAUGAUGUCCAUUUUACAUAUUUUUAU